AUGGAAGGUGAUGCAGCAACGAUGUUGUGUGUUGGAUUGUUGGUUGCAUUCGUUAUCGUAUUCCUAACAAAAGCACUGCGUUGGGUGUGGCUGGAGCCGAAAAGUGCAGAGAGAUUCCUCCGAAGACAAGGCCUGAAAGGAAACUCAUACACGCUUUUCUUCGGAGAUAUCAAAACUAUGGCCACGAUGCUGCGUGAAGCAAAAUCUAAACCCUUAGACAUCAACGAUGAUAUUGCUCCUCGCCUAGGUCCAUUUCAACAUCAACUGGUAAAAGAUUGUGGGAAGGAUUCGUUUUUUUGGUAUGGCCCGAAGAUUACAGUGAAUAUUAUGGACCCAGAAGGAAUAAAAGAGGUUCUGAAUGUGAUAAGUGACUAUCCGAAGCCGUCCCUUAAUCCACUUGCUAAGCUCCUCAUAACAGGACUUGUAGACCUUGAUGGAGAGAAAUGGUCAAAGCACAGAAAGGUCAUCAACCCUGCAUUUAAUCUCGUCAAGCUCAAGCAUGUGUUGCCAGCCAUGUUUCAUAGUUGUAACCAGAUGAUGAACGAAUGGAAGAUGUUACUAUCGAAAACAGGAUCAUGCGUGGUAGAUGUUUGGCCAUUCUUGAAUAACCUCUCAGCUGAUGUGAUUUCUCGUACAGCUUUCGGAAGCAGCUAUGAAGAGGGAAAAAUAGUAUUUGAACUCCUGAAAGAACAAGCUCAACUUACAGCCAAGGUCCUACAAUCUGUUUAUAUUCCAGGAUGGAGGUUUCUACCAACUAGAUUGAACAAAAGGAUGAAGAAGAUUGACCAUGAAAUUGGAAAUGUACUUAGUGGAAUUAUCCAAAAGCAGGAAGCUAUUAUGAAGACAUGCGAAGCUCCAAAUAACCUACUAGGGUUACUAUUGGAGUCCAAUCAAAAAGAGAUUGAAGAUCUUGGACUUAAAAAGGAUGUUGGAAUGAACACUGAUGAUGUCAUUAACGAGUGUAAGUUAUUCUACUUUGCUGGACAAGAAACAACGUCGGUGCUACUAAAUUGGACAAUGGUGUUAUUAAGUAGGUUUCCCAAGUGGCAAACCCUAGCAAGAGAAGAGGUCAUUGAAACUUUUGGCACACAAGAACCAGACUAUGAUGGAUUAAAUCGUCUAAAAGUUGUCACAAUGAUUUUGUACGAGGUUCUAAGAUUAUAUCCACCAGUUACUGCUAUUACAAGAGUCGUAAAGAAGGAAGCUAAAGUUGGAAAUUUGACUUUACCAGAAGGAGCAUUAGCUACUAUUCCAAUCGUGUUGGUACACCAUGAUUUUGAAUUAUGGGGCAGUGAUGCAAAAGAGUUCAAACCAGAGAGAUUCUCUGAAGGAAUCUUGAAAGCAACAAAGGGUCAAGUUUCAUUUCUGCCAUUUGGAUGGGGUCCUCGAAUAUGCAUUGGGCAAAACUUUGCUUUGCUUGAAGCCAAAAUGGCUUUGUCUUUGAUUCUGCAGAACUUUUCGUUUGAGCUAUCCUCGUCAUAUGUUCAUGCUCCAACUACAGUUAUUACUGCUCAACCUCAAUUUGGCACGUCUAUUGUAUUACAAAAAUUAUAG